AUGAUGCGGAUUAUUAAAGACAUGGAUGAAUUCAAAACAUUUUUGAAAGCUGCUGGAUGCAAACUUGUAGUGGUACAAUUUUCAGCAAAAUGGUGUGGUGCUUGCAAACGGAUUUGUCCUCUUGUUCAUGCAAUGUCUCUGCAAUACCGAAAUGUAAUGUUUGCUAAUGUGGAUGUGGACGAUUCUCGGGAGUUGGCCCAAACUUAUCACAUCAAAGCAAUACCCACAUUUCAGAUGUUCAAGCAAGCCCAGAAGAUUUUUGAAUUUUGUGGAGCUGAUGCUAAAAAAUUGGAAGCGAAGAUUCAAGAACUAAUGUAA